CCCAGCCCUUCGCCGUUCCGCGCCCGGUGGAGAGUCACGCCUCCUCUCCCAGGCGGCACCACCCAGAGCCCUCCGUGCCCUCAAGCCCCGCCCCUUACGGAAGCCGAGGCGGAGGGUCAGAAUCCGGAAGGAAAACAAUCGAGCGAGAGUAAGCUAGCCGGGACCUGCUGCCGGAGGGAGGUGGAUCGGGCCAGGAGCGGCGGGGGCGGGGAGGCGCGAGCCGGCCGGGCAGCGGCGUGGGGACGAUGGCGGCCUUGAACCCACGGAAGCCGACUGAAGCGAGAGGCAAGACGCUCAGCUUUUCCUAAUGUCAGCAGCACCAGUGCCACCAGCUGUGGGCAGCUGUGGGCCUGCAUGGAGGAGCCAAAACGGGGUGGAAAUUUCCUGCUUCAGGAACAAAGUGAGGAGGAAGGGCUUGUGGUUCAGUGCCCCUGUUCCCAUUACCAGCAUACAUGUGGUGACGUGGAACGUGGCCUCUGCAGCACCUCCUCUAGACCUCGGCGAUCUUCUUCAGCUGAACAAAGACAACCUGAAUCUGGACAUGUAUGUCAUUGGUUUGCAGGAAAUGAACUGUGGGAUCAUGAGCCUCCUUUCUGACACUGCCUUUGAAGACCCAUGGAGCAGUUUCUUCAUGGAUGUGCUUUCCCCUCUGAGCUUCGUCAAGGUCUCCAGUAUCCGCAUGCAGGGGCUCCUCUUGCUGUUCUUUGCCAAGCAUCAGCAUUUGCCCUUUGUCCAGAUCCUCUCUACUAAAUCCACCCCCACUGGCCUCUUCGGUUACUGGGGGAACAAAGGGGGCGUCACCAUAUGCCUGAAGCUUUAUGGCUACUAUGUCAGCAUCAUCAACUGCCACCUGCCUCCCCACAUGGCCAACAAUGACCAGCGGCUGGAGCACUUUGACCGGAUCCUGGAGAUGCAAAAUUUUGAGGGACAAGAUAUCCCCAACAUCCUGGAGCAUGACUUCAUUCUCUGGUUUGGAGAUAUGAACUUUCGGAUCGAUGACUUUGGGCUGCAUUUUGUCCGGGAAUCCAUAAAAAAUCGGUGCUACAGUGAUCUGUGGGAGAAGGAUCAGCUCAGCAUUGCCAAGAGACACGAUCCACUGCUCCGGGAGUUCCAGGAGGGCCCGCUGCUCUUCCCACCCACCUACAAGUUUGAUAAGAACUCCAACAACUAUGACACCAGAGAGUUCUCCCCUGCCCAUAUGCUGCCUGAAAGCCUUGCACACACCAUGCUUCCAGCGUUGCUUUCAAGACACAGUGUGCUUUUCCUGCUGUACUACGGAUGCCUGAAGAGACUGGCUCUGAUUUAUGACCAUCUCUGUGAGAAAAAACGCAAGCCUGCAUGGACCGACCGCAUCCUGUGGAGGUUGAAGCGGCAGCCCCAGGCCAACCCCCCCACCCAGAGGCUGCCAGCCCCCCACUUCUGCCUGUCUCUGAGGAGCUAUGUCAGCCACAUGAUGUACUGCAUCAGUGACCAUAAGCCGGUCACCAGCACCUUUGACUUGGAGCUGAAGCCAUUGGCGUCUGCCCCACUGAUCACUCUGAUACCUGAGGGGCUGUGGACCAUGGAGAAUGACAUGUUGGUCAGCUACUCCUUGACCCCAGACUUUCUCAGCAGCCCCUGGGACUGGAUUGGACUAUACAAGGUGGGCCUGCGCCACAUUAAUGACUACGUGUCCUAUGUCUGGGUCAGGGACAACCAGGUCUCCUUCAGCGAUGGGCUGAGCCAGGUAUACUUCAAUACCAGCAAUAUCCCUGAGACCGAGGACCAGUUUCUCCUCUGUUACUAUAGCAACAGUCUACAUUCUGUGGUGGGGAUAAGCAAACCCUUCAAGAUCCAGCCUGGCUCCUUGGCGGAGGACCCACUGGGGGAAGCCCAGCCACACCUCUGAGCCCGGAUGAGAGUGGAUCCAGGGUGGAGGCCAGAGAUGGUCUGCCCACACCGCCUGCAGUGCUGGGGGCCCAGCCCAGCCCCCGGAGGAGGCGGCAGGUAUCCUCCGUCUCCCUGGGGAGCUCUAGCCACACUCCUUUGCUCUCUCCGGUCCAGAUCUCUAGAAUCGGCCACCUAAAUACAGGUUUUUGUUGCUGAGAUAUGAGUGAAACCAGCUAGUUUGUCAACAGUGAAGACCUGGGACAGUCCACUGGAUGUGGGAAGGACCCUCCAGCUUGUAUCUUGUUUCUUGAUUUUCCCCACACGCACUCCCAGUCCCGCCCAAGCAGGCCUGCCAGGCACAUGCCCCAUCUGGCACAGGCCUGCAUUCUUGUCACGCCAUCCUGGGCCUCAGGCUGCCUGGGAGGGGGGAGAAGCUUGCAUCUGCACAGGCCCCAUAGGCUGGUUGGCACAAGCAGCCCUGGGUUCCAGGAGUCUUGGCAUCUCGUUGCCUGUCCCCCUGGGGGAUGGGCAGAAGGUUUGGGAUCCCUGCUUGUAGCAAAAGCAGUUAGACUAAGUGGGCAGGAUGGAGGGGUCCCUCUACCCAGGCUCUUAUGUAGGCCCUGUGGGCAGGAUGAUGAGUGUCCUGCCAGCACCCCUACCCCCAUGGAGUCUGACCCAGGAAGUUCCAGGGCUGGUGGGUCAGGCUCCGUGCCCUAACCUGCCCUCUUGUGAAGGUUUGGCAGGUGGUAGAGGAACUGUGGCCACAGACUUUUCCAGGGUGGUUCUUGCCCAGUCAAGCUCAUCUGCUCCUGCCCUUGCCUACAGUCACUGGCCAGAAACCUGUCCUCUCUCUAGACUGCCCUAGCACCUAGAAGUGGAGGCAGGCAGAGAAGAGAGCCAGAAUCUAGACAUUUUGGAGAAUCUGGCCUUGAGGGUCUUCAGAGAACAUUCUCUAGGUGCUGUGUGGGCACUCAGUCCCACUCCCGCCACUUGCCUCCAGCCACUGGUGAUUCAACGGCCCUUCUCCCAGGAGAAGACACCUCAGGGAACCUGCUCUGUGAUUGUCAUGCCCAUCCUAUGACCUGAGACUGAGGGACACUCCAGUCACUCUGUGAUCCAUACUCCACCCUGGGAGCCAUGUAUACCAUCAAGAACUGCCCCUCCGGCUUCUAGUGGCCUGUGGCUGUGUUCUAUGUCUAUUGUAUUGGGGGGGGGGGAUAAUUAGAAACAUGGCUUUUACA